AUGUGUGAAUUACCAAUAGAGUUUUCUGAUUUAAGUUAUGUAGUGGAACCAUAAGUCUAUUAGAGUUAUAAUUAUUUAAGAAAUUUAAGUGAUGAUGAGUUAAAUUAAUAAGAUAUAUACUUUGUAAAUUUACCAGAUGAUGUAUAAUUAUGUGAAGAUGGUAAAUCUAGAAAAGUUGAUAGAAAUAAUUUAGAAGAAUAUUUACUAUUAUCUGCAAAGUAUUAAUUAUAUGAAUAAUAUUUGAAUGUUUUUAAACAAAUGAAAAAUGGUUUCUAAGCAUAAUUUGAUGCAAAAUUAUUGGUUUAAAGUUUUUCUCUUUAUGAAAUUAAUUAAUUAAUUGAUAUUAUUGAUUACUAAAUUAAUAAAGAAAAGUUAUUGAAAUGUAUUCAUUUUUAAAGGAGAAAUUAAAUAAAUGAAAAUUAUUUUACUUAAUAUAUAAGUGAAGCAGAUUAAUAAAAAUUAGAGAAUUUCUUGACAUUUAUUACAGGUAUUAAAAUAUAUUUAUAAUAAUAGGUAGUAAGUAUUCUAAUUUAGAGAAUUUUAAAAUAGAAGUAUAAACAAAUGUUGAAUUAUAAAAAAAUAAACUUCCAGUAUCUAGAACAUGUAGUAAUGUUUUAAUAAUUCCAUAAUAUCCAACUUAUGAUGAAUUUAAAGCUAAAAUGGAUAUAGCAUUAGAUUGGGGAUUAGAUUUCUUUGGUUAAGGUUGA